AUGGCUAUAACUAGAAUAUGCUCAUCCCCAACUCUCCCUACAACCAUGUCUCUUUCUUCACUUCCAACCUUUACAACACUUAACACACACUUUUCUCUUCAACCAAGUUUUCCCACUACUCCCUCUAAGUUUGGUUCAAAUUUGGUUUCUUGUGAUGCAUUGGUCAUUGCUGCAGCUAAAGAAGCAGUUGCAUUGGCCAAUGCUGCUGUGGAGGCAGCAAAAGAUGCUGUGUCUGUAGCUGCUGGAAGUGGAAAGGAAUGGCCUUUUGGAGAGAGUGAAAAUGGGGUGGUUAGUGAUAGGAGCAUAGGUAUGGACAUGAGGAGGAAGAGGAGGAGGAAGAGGAGAAAAAGUUUGGAAUAUUUGGAAGAAGAGAAUCAGAACAAAUGCUCAGUGCAGAGAUUAUUAGUUGGGUCUGUAAAAUCUGGCUUCUUGAGUUCAAGAGAUGAGGCAGAGCUUUGUUUAUGUCUCAAGGAAGGAGCAAGGAUUAAAGUUGCUAAGCUAAGAAUUACAGAACUUGAAGAGAAUCCUGCAAUCUCAAGGAGGUUGGCUCUUUGUAAUUCAAGUAUGGAUAAGAUAUUGUGUAACACAAGAGAAUCAAGAGAAAAAUUAGCUCGUAAUUAUCGUGGAUUAGUUGCCUCCAUUGCAGCUGGCUAUCAAGGCAAAGGAUUAAGCCUUCAAGACCUCAUUCAGGAAGGAACCAUUGGACUUCUUCAUGGAGCAGAGAAAUUUGACCCAGAUAGAGGGUAUAAGCUGUCUACAUAUGUUUACUGGUGGAUUAGACAAGCCAUUGUUAAAGCUUUGGCCAUGAAGUCCAGAUUAGUCAGAUUACCGGUAGGCAAGUGUGCGAUGGUUGCAAAAGUUACAGAGGCUAACAAUGUCUUAAGCAGAAGACUGAAGCGGAUUCCCACAUACCAUGAAACAGCUGAGGAGCUCAAUGUGAAUGUUUCCACUGUAAGGGUUGUUUCUGAAAGGACCAGACGACCAAUUUCAUUGGACAAAACUGUAACUGAACAUGGCCACAUGACACUUCAGGAGAUUAUGCCGGGGCCAGUUGAAAUGAUUCCGGAGAAAAUGGUUGAGAGGCAGCUAAUAAAGCAAGAGGUGGUGAAGCUUCUUAAGACACUUAACAAGAGAGAAACAGAGAUUGUAAGAUUACACUUUGGACUCAAUGGAGAGACCCCUAGGUCUUUUGAGGAGAUAGGAAGACUAUUGAAACUUUCAAGGGAGAGAGUCAGACAGAUUAAUGGCACUGCACUGUCAAAAUUGAUACAAACCAGUACUGUACAUAAUCUAAAGUUUUAUGUUGUAUAG